AUGAAAAUUUCAGACGUACUAAACUGCUCAUUUGCAGCAUGGUACGGUACUUUCCAGCGUGUUACAUUUAAGAGCAUUGUUAUACCAUUGCCAGAGGAUUUUGUCCGUUACUUGCACACAGAUGGCAUUGUUCUUCCAGAUGGCUCGCAAUGUGGUUUAUAUACCAAGUCAAAAAAUCUGGCUAUGGAUGGUGAUGAUGAUGAUGAGGACCUUAGAGAUGAUGAUCUAAUGAAAAAGUAUGAGAAUGAUUGGCAAGUGCCAAGUAAUACAGAAAUUGCAAAGGCACCUGAUUUUGGUGAAUUAGAUGAAACUGUGAAGACAGCAAUCACAUCUUUAGGAGGCAAGGUUUUCCCAAAGUUAAACUGGAGUUCACCAAAGGAUGCCAACUGGAUAUCAUUUAACAGAACCUUGAUGUGCUCCUGUCCCAGUGAAGUUUAUUUGUUACUGAAAAGUUCAGAGUUCAUUGCUCAUGAUUUAGAUCAGCCUUUCGUACACUGUGAUGACUAUGACAGCAGUAGUGCCGCUGACAGGAACUCUAUGUCAUAUUGUCUGGUGUUGAGGCAAUGGCAGUCUAUAGAUCCUUCAUGUGAAUUCAGAUGUUUUGUGAAUAAGAACAGAUUAAUAGGCAUUUGUCAAAGAAAUAGUACCAAACUGUACCCUCAUAUUGUUGAAGAAAAGGUAGCAAUUCUCAAAGACAUUGUCACAUUCUUUGAAAAGGAGAUUUCGAGCAAAUUUCCUGACCCAGAUUAUGUGUUUGAUGUUGUUCGAAAUAGAAAGGGAAAAGUAAUACUUUUAGAUUUCAAUCCCUGGGGUAGAGUCACUGACAGUUUAAUGUUCACCUGGGAUGACCUGGAGCAUAUGGCAGCAGGUAGCCAGGAUAGCAGUUGUCAGCAGCUCCCAUGUUUUCACUGUGUAGAAAGUGAAGAUGGUGUUCAGUGCUCAGAUUAUGGAAACUAUGCUUUCCCAAAGGACAUCCGGGACCUGACUGCAGGAGAGGAUCCCUUUAAGUUGAUGGAUCUGAUGAAAUUGAAAAUACAGAGUAGUGGCGAUGGCAGUAGCAGCUCAGAGGAUGAUUAUUAA